CAUCUAAUCUGAAAAAAUAGAAAUAAUUAUUCGAGAAGUUUCUUUAUCUUAAGUUUUAGAUUCAGAUCAGAUCAAUAAUCUCAUCGUCUUCCAUUAACAAAAAUUAUUAGGGUUUUGAGAGUUUAACAGAGAUGGGAGAAGCGAAACGCGUCUCUCUGCGAGUAGCGGUUUUGUUAUUAGCAGCUUUUGUUUUAUUUGUUCAGCUUAAUGCUGCUUCUAAUGACGAUAAGAUCUUUUAUGAGUCGUUUGAAGAGACAUUUGAAGGACGAUGGACUGUAUCAGAUAAAGAUGAUUACCAAGGUGUGUGGAAGCACUCAAAGAGUGAGGAUCACGAGGAAUAUGGCCUUCUUGUGAGUGAGAAGGCUAGGAAGUACGCCAUUGUGAAAGAGCUCGAUGAACCAGCGAGUCUUAAGGAUGGAACCAUUGUUCUCCAAUUCGAGACUCGUUUCCAGAAUGGGCUGGAAUGUGGUGGUGCAUAUCUUAAAUAUUUGCGCCCCCAGGAAGCUGGGUGGACUGUUAAGGAGUUUGACAGUGAAUCUCCUUACUCUAUUAUGUUUGGACCUGAUAAAUGUGGCGCCACAAAUAAGGUGCACUUUAUCCUGAAGCAUAAGAACCCUAAGAGCGGCGAGUAUGUUGAACACCAUCUCAAGUUCCCACCAUCUGUCCCAUCUGACAAGCUUACCCAUGUGUACACUGCCAUUCUGAAACCUGACAAUGAGCUACGAAUUUUGGUUGAUGGAGAGGAGAAGAAGAAAGCAAAUUUUCUUUCUUCAGAUGAUUUUGAGCCUCCUCUAAUUCCUGCUAAGACUAUUCCUGACCCUGAUGAUAAGAAGCCCGAGGACUGGGAUGAGCGAGCCAAGAUUCCCGAUCCUAGUGCGUCAAAGCCAGAUGACUGGGACGAAGAUGCACCUAUGGAGAUUGUAGAUGAAGAGGCUGUGAAACCUGAAGGAUGGUUAGAUGACGAGCCUGAUGAAAUUGAUGAUCCUGAUGCUGCCAAACCUGAAGAUUGGGAAGAUGAAGAGGAUGGUGAAUGGGAAGCACCAAAGAUUGAUAACCCAAAAUGUGAGUCAGCCCCUGGUUGUGGUGAAUGGAAGAAGCCAAUGAAAAGCAAUCCAGCUUACAAAGGAAAGUGGCAUGCUCCACUUAUCGAUAACCCCAAUUACAAGGGUAUUUGGAAGCCUCAGGAAAUUCCCAACCCUGCCUACUUUGAGCUUGAAAAACCCAACUUUGAGCCUAUUGCCGCCGUUGGAAUUGAGAUAUGGACAAUGCAGGAUGGUGUUUUGUUUGGACACAUCUUGAUAGCAGAUAACGAGAAGGUCGCAGAGUCACUUAGGCAGACAGCAUGGAAAACAAAGUUUGAUGCUGAGAAAGAGAAACAGAAAACUGAGGAGGCAGCCGCUGGUUCAGAUGCUCUUGCUGGUAUCCAGAAGAAGGUAUUCGACGUGCUGUACCAGAUUGCAGAUAUUCCUUUCUUAAGUAACCACAAAGACAAAAUUAUCGAAAUUAUUGAAAAGGGAGAGAAACAACCAAACCUCACAAUUGGUAUCCUCGUCUCCAUAGUGGUGGUGAUCUUCAGUGUUAUCCUUAAGAUCCUCUUUGGUGGGAAGAAGCCUGCAAAAGUAGAGAAACCGGCACCAGCUGCUGAGACUUCCAAGAAGGACGAAAGCAGUGAAGAGAAAACCGAGGAGACCGAGAAGGACGAUGCUGCUGCUGCAGCACCUCCUCGCAGAAGACAAGCAAGGCGUGAAACUUAGAAGGAUAAGGAGAUUGGUUAUAUGAGGUUUCACUUUUGGUAGAUGUAUUCAGUUAGAUGUCUUUACACUCUUGCUGGCUGGAUUAUUGGAUAUUUCAAUUUUUUUGUGUUUUAGAUGUUUUGGUACUGUAUGAAAAAAGAGUGUAAAUGACAAUAUCUGUGAGGUUUUGAUAGUUUCAGUCCCUGCCUCAGGAAAACAUUAGUAUGCGGAGUUAAUCAACUUUCAUAAAAACACAUUGUAGUUUUUU